AUGGCACGCAAGGAACUAAAGACACAUCACGACGAUGGACUUCCAUUGCUAGAUGCAGAUGGACAUCCACGUGAUAGUAUUCAUGCGGCUUUACUUGAAGACAAGACACCUGAGAUUCUGUUUCAUGAGGAUGCAAUUGGAGAGACAGACUCGGAUAAUGAAGAUAAUGACGUUGUCUCUAUCGAUGGAUCGGUUGUUCUUGAUGAUGAUGCGAAGCUGGCCACGUACAAGUCGACGGGUAAAGUGAGCGCAAAGCAAAAGUGGGGACACGAGGACAUUGGGAGUGAUCUCAAACUGCUCAGUGUAGCUAUUGAUAUGGCAGAUGACGUUAUUGUGAAGGUAGAAGGGUUUUAUCUACCGGAAGUGCAAAAGGAGAUGGAAGGGAGACACUAUUUUACACUUGAAAAAGAGGAAAUGAUCACGAAAGUACGUUUGUUUCGAGUGCGACGAAUAAUUCACGCUAUUCAAUUUGUGACCACUUUGCGUACGUCGGAACGAUAUGGAAGCAUUAAGCAUGGAGAAUUGUGUAAGGCAGUGGAGGCACCAGAAGGAAAAUUCAUUGCCAGCUUUUUUGGUGACGUGUCGCGAGAUGAAGAAGAGAUGGAACUUGGUGUGCGGUUUAUAGACCAAACGUGUGCGGACGAUGGGGAAGUGGAAGUAGCAGAAAUUGAUCAAGUGAACUGA